GGUUGCAAUCGCCAAUUGUCGUCGAGGAAGACGGCAGAAGCGAGCGAUCCAGGCCCCGAGAUUCUUUCGGGCUGCGCCGGGAACGAGAUGUCGUCCGAAGACGAGGCGGCGCCAAAAGUCGCAAAGAAGCACAAGCCCAAGAAGCAAAAGUCGAAGCCUGAAGAUACAGUAGUAGCAGCAGCAGCAGCAGAGGUCGAAGACCAUGUGCCGGCCAGCGUUGAAGAGGCCGAACCGGACGAGAAGCAGAAAAAGAAGAAGGACAAGAAGAGGAAGAGAGAGGCGAUACCCGAGGAGCUAGAGAUCGACGUGUCGCUGCCGGAGCCGCUGUCGAAGAAAGAGCGACGCAAGGCGAAGAAGGCCAAGACGACGGAAGGGCAAGGGGAGAGCGAGACGUCGCCGGCGACGAACGGCGAAGCAAGCGUCGAAAGGCGGGCCCCGAGCGGCGCGAAAGCGGGCGGCGGCGCGCUCAAGGAAGAGCACAAGGAGCGCCGCACGGAGCACAGCAUCUGGAUCGGCAACCUGCCGUGGACGGCGACGAGGCAGGACCUGCGCGACUUCCUGUGCGACCAGGCCUCGAUCCGGCCGUCGCAGAUCGUCCGGCUGCACAUGCCCGCGCCGGACAAAAAGGUCGCGCUGGACACGCGGGGACGUCCCCCGUUCGCAAACCGCGGCUUCGCCUACGUCGACUUCGACGGGCCCGAGGCCUUGUUCGCGGCGCUGCAGCUGACCGAGACGCCCUUCUAUCGCUCGGGAAGGAACGUGCUCAUCAAGGACGCAAAGAGCUUCGAAGGCCGGCCAGAAGAGCAUACCGCCGCCGCCGCUGCUGCAGCGGGAUCAACGACGGCCGUAGGAUCCAAGGCCAAGGGCCCGGCCGGCAACCCGCAGAAGCCGCCGUCGAAGAGGGUGUUCGUCGGCAACCUAGCGUUCGAGAUCACCAAGGAGGACCUGGAGCAGCACUUUGCUCAGUGCGGGCCCGUGGAGAACGUCCACAUGGCCACGUUCGAGGACAGCGGCAAGUGCAAGGGCUAUGCGUGGGUGACGUUCGCCACGCUGGAGGCGGCCGAAGCGGCCGUGCGAGGUUGGAUCUUCAAGGAACCCGAGGACGGCGACGAGAACGAAGUCAACGGCGACGAUCACGCGGACGACGCAGACGUCAAGGCCAAGAGUAAGAAGAAGGGCCGCAAGUGGUUUGUCAACCGGCUCCUCGGCAGAGAGAUCAAACGCGAGUACGCAGAGGACGCAUCGGUCAGGUAUAAGAAGCGGUUCGGAGGAGCCGAGAAGCGACGACAGGAUCUUACGGACGCUCCUAUCACGGAAGUCGCCGACGGUUCCUCGAAUGCGCAGGCGACGCUCAGGAGCAGCCAUGACCGACGGCGGGAGCAGCGGAAAGCUCAGAAGCCCAAGGUCGACGCUAGAACCGUCGCGCCUGGUGCUGCUUUAGCUCGCGCGCAGCGCACGACAGGUGCUAUUACAGAAGCUAAAGGCACGAAGAUUACGUUUGACUAAGGACUGCGCAGUCGAAGGGUAGGUUUUGCAGGUCGUGAUGUCAUACCGGAAGUAAUUACCUAGCAUAGCUACAACGGAGAGCGAAACCUAGGAAAAAAAAAAAAAGAAGAUCGUGU